CGACAUUUCGUAUAUUUGGGAUCAUCAAAUUCGCAGAUGCGCGAUCACGGAUGUUACUUUUUUGAUGCUGGUGAAAAUGGAGGACAAGUGGACACGAUUCGUGCUCAACUAGGUGUUUUUGAUCGUUCGAAUAUACCGAAACUGAUGGCACGAAUAGGACAAUGCUUCACUCAAGCGAAGAAAAAAUUGAAGGAAUCUCAAGUGAAAUUGCUCGAUAAACAUCACAAUCAAACGUUCGAUGUAAUCGGUGGUCGAAAUACGAGCGGUGAGCCGUAUAUAUUUUCCGACGGUUGUGGACGGAUAUCGAAGGAGUGUGCAAAAGACAUUGCAAAAGAUUUGGGCCUUGAGAACUGUGUACCGAGUUGUUUUCAGGUACGCUGA